CGCUCACAAGGGCCACAAGGGUUUUCCUCCCCGCCACAGCAGCCCGCGCCAGGAAUGCACAAUGCAGAAUGCAGGGCCCUCUGCCAUUGGAGCACAGCCCCCGCCCGCCCCUGCCCCAUUGUGCGUUGCUGCGCCGAAGCCGGCCCUCCUCCAGUGUCCACUUUGGACAACAACUCCAGCAAGCAAGCGAUGGAUGGAUGGGAUCCCCCAGGGCAGAUCACCCGCCGUAGCAUCCCAAACGCGCAAGGAAUAUCUCACAUUGAAAAAGGAAGGGUCCUCCCCUUAUCUGAUGCAGAGCCGCAUGCCCAGCCGAGAUAUCCCCGAGCAUCGACUUCCCCUCCCAGCUUUCCGGGUCUUUCUCGGAUUGCACCGUCUCGUCAUCUGAAGCUUGCCCUUCACACUACAAACGUCCCCUUCCCAUCAACGUGUCCCGAGGCGAGACUGUCUCACUUGGGCAAGAGGGCUCCAGCCACAGAAACACCGCCAGAGACAACAAGACAGCCCUGGACAGCUCUCAAGACAAACUCGGAGGUCUCCGGGCACCACCUGAAUCGUUGGUCUGCAUCGUUGUUGGAUAUCUCUAUAGAGGUUUGGCUAUUGAUGGUAUAUAAGGUAUAUAUAGAUAGAUAUCGCACUUGUCGUAGGGGCAGGCAAAGGCCCACUCGACACGCAAACUCGCUGUUUCGUGUUUCUAUUUUCUCCUCAUCGUACCUCUGGCACAUUUUUCUGUCGUGCUCUUAUCCGAAACGGCUCUCUCCUGCAAACCUGCCCACCAAACUCCUCCAAAUACUCCUCCCAAUCGACAAAUAGUUGCUCCUCCGCGCCUUAACCAUCCCCUUCUCGCUGAACGUAUAUAUUGUCUGAACAAAGAAGAUCGAAGCGUGAUGGGCUUUUACUUUUGCUGGUGCUCGAACUGCCCUCUCAUCCAUCACAAGCUUGAUGGAGAAUGCAGCGGCACCUGUGCGCCGCACCCUGGGAUGCAAAUGACCAAACAUACAGUAAAACAGUCCAAAUUGAUCGCGUG